UGAACUGAGAAUGGAUGGGGCAAGGGUAAGAAUAAUAAUAAUAAUGAAAAAUAAGUUCGGGUGAUGUUGGGUGUGCGAGGGAAAGCACAAUGGAUGGAUGGAUGUGCUUUUUGGCUGCUUUUGCUCUUGCUUCUGCUCUGCUCUGGCGCUGCUUUUGCGGAUGAGAAUGAUGGAUGAUGAUCCUGAACUUUGGGGUCGGGACCACCUGACGGCCUCGGCUGUGGUUGGCGCUGCUGUCUCUAUUCUAUCUUCUUUGGCACUUUGUCUGUCUCUUAUCCGUUCUUUGCGUUUGGUGCCGACGCGCUACAAGAUUCACCCAGCACACGCGACCGGAGAUUAGGAAGCCACUGGGAGGAAGGAUUUGGUUGUUGCUUGCUUUGGACGCCGGGGACACCAGCCAGCAGCGCUUUCGGAGGAAUCGGACUUGUUUGGGACGAUAUUCUUGCGAACCAGCUGGAAAGCUAGACGUGUGGACCUGAUGUGACUCGGCAAAGCAAUGCGAUCAUAUCAUUCAAAAGUUGUUCAUGAUAGUUAGUCACAGCCACUACUACUAACUUAUAGUUUAUAGUAGUUAAAGAUGUGCUGAAGAAAGGAGACGAG